AUGUCAAAACAAAAGCAAAUUACAGAAAAAGGUAUUCCUAAAGGAACUACACAAGUCAGUUUAUCAGGAUUUUCAUUUUUAUUUGCAGAAUAUGUUAGAAGAGAAUUUCGAAAAGAUAAUAAACAAACAACAACAGAGUUUCAUGAAAAAUUAUUUGAUUUAGGAUUUAAUAUUGGAAUGAGGAUGUUAGAAGUUAUUAAUAUUAGGGAAAGAGAAAAUGAACGAGAUAUAAAUAUGGAUAAUGUUGUUGGAUUUAUUGCAAAAGAUAUGUGGAGAGUUAUGUUUGGAUAUGGUGUUGAUGUAGGACGAGUAAAAGGAAAAACAAAUGAAUUUUUGAUUACUGACAAAAAUUUAAUUAUCACUGAAUUUAUGAGUUAUGGGAAUGAAAAGAACAUUUAUUGUGUUGCCUAUGUUGCUGGAAUGGCACAAGCAUGUAUUGAUGGUGCAGAUUUUAAAGGAAAUGUAAAUUAUGGAGAGGAUGAAGAUGGACCAUAUCUUCACAUUAUAUUUCAACAAUAA